AUGCUGCCUUAUAAACGUAUGCUAGGGCUCACCACCAAAGUGGCGAGUAUUGCUACUAUGCGGCAUAAAGUGAGAAUGCCAGUUAGAGUUGGAGAUAACGAGACUGGCGGACUCAUAGAGGCUCAUAGGAAAGCUCUGAAGCCUAGUUCGGAGUUGUCAGUGGAGUGGCAUAAAUUCUGGUGGGAUGCUACUGUUAAAGAAGUAGAUCCUCAGGCCAGCAAGGUUCUGGUAGGGUUUGAUGCCUGGGACUCUCGGUGGGACGAGUGGAUACCAAUAGACAGUAACAGGCUCAGGGAGCGCCUUACCACUGAUGAGGCUAUGCAUACCUCUGGAACGAUCGAGUCGGCUCCUAAGAAGCCAUCAGUGAUCGAGAGAAGACCUAUUGCCACGGUGGAGAAGACUGAGGCGACUGUAAAGGUGGAGGAGUCGGCAGGUUGGGAGAAAUUGAGGGCUGAUGAUGGUACUCCUUAUUAUCAUAAUAAGGCUACUGGACAUACUCAGUGGGAGAAGCCGGGGGGGAGUGGCUUGUCUGAAGGCUGGCAAGAGUUGAAGACAGAUAGUGGUGAUAGCUAUUACUAUAACGAGGCGACUGGGGUGACACAGUGGGAGAGGCCUGGGGUAGUAGAAACGCCCUUACCGGAGGGUUGGGAGGAGUUCCGAACGCCUGAGGGCACUCCUUAUUAUCAUAAUGAGGCGAAGAGUGAGACUGUGUGGGAGAGGCCAUGUGGUGGAGUGGAGGCUGAGGAGUUGCCAGUCGAAUCAGGAAAGCCUACGACGACUGAGAAGGAUGAGAGGGGAUUGCCCGAAGGCUGGCAGGAAUUCAAGGCUGAUGAUGGUACUCCUUAUUAUUAUAAUGAGGCCACUGGGGUGACACAGUGGAGGAGGCCGGGCGACUUGGCGGUGAGGCUGCCACUAGGCUGGGAGGAGUUUAAAGCUGAUGAUGGUACUCCUUAUUACUAUAACUCCACUACUGGGGUGACACGAUGGGAGUCACCGGUUGAGGGAGAGUCGGUGACUGGUGACAGUAGUGCACAAAGAGAGGAGUCGAGUGAGGGGGUGACUCGUGAAUGGCAGACGUUUUACGCUGAUGAUGGUACUCCUUAUUAUUAUAAUUCGACUAUAGGGGUGACACAAUGGGAGCUGCCGGGGAAUGUCGAGGGUGGUGACACGGCAAUGAAGACUGGGGUGACUGCAGAGGCCCUGCCGGUUGGUUGGGAAGAGUUCCGAGCAGAUGAUGGUACUCCUUAUUAUUAUAAUUCGACCACAGGGGUGACACAAUGGGAGCUGCCACAGGGGUCUAGUCAGAUGGGUGUCACCACACCGCGGAGUGUUGAGGGUAGAGAGGCUUUGCCGGCAGAUUGGGAGGAGUUUAAUGCUGAUGAUGGUACUCCGUAUUACUAUAACUCGAAGACUGGGGUGACACAGUGGGAGUAUCCUGGAUCUGACUCCACGCACGCGGAAGAUUUUAAGGUUCAGGUGUCUUCUAAAGAUCUCCCGAAAGGCUGGGAGGAGCAUAUUGCUGAGGACGGAACUCCUUAUUAUCAUCAGCUUGAAACUGGUAUUACUCAGUGGGAAUUCCCGAAGGCCCAGUCUACCGAAACGCAAGGGGUGAAGACCGAUGAGGAGGAAGUCUCGACAGAUGCUGCUGAGGUUGCGAUGGCUGCUAUUAAAGGCUUGCCGGAUGGAUGGGACUGUGUGUUGACUCCUGAGGGUAGAGAACUAUUCUUUCGGGAGAAGGGCGAGCGCGGUCGGACUAGCACAUGGUCCCGCCCUACAGCGUAG